CGUUAGCAGUCCCCCGGCCUGGCCUAUGCUCACGCGCUCGCAAACAGCUGGCAUGGACCAGAAGUCCGGAGAAACGGCCGCAGCCUAUCAGGCCUGGAUGCUGGCUUUGAUUACCGAAGCCAAGCAACGGGCGGAUGCAGCAGCAGCCGCAAAGAAGAAGAAGGCGGAGGACGCCAAAAAGGCACUCCUGUUGGCGAUCGAACAGCAACGCCAGCACGACGAGGCAGCAGCAAAGGCUGCUGAUGAAGAAUACAAUCAGCGACACGAGAAGCCGCCUUCAGCAGCUGGAGCAACGACCGUCGCCGCCCCCGUUCCCAGCACCUCCGACCGACUCAACGCAUUGGAAGUCGACGUCGGCGUACUCAAGGACGGCAUGCAGCUACAGCAAACCGCGACUCAACAACUUGAGCAGCGGAUCUGCACUGCCUCCACUCACCCGAGCAUGUCACAACGCGAGUCGACUCCGAAGUUCGACAGUCAGGAGAUCUUUCGCGACGCAACAAAGACGAACCUGAUUCCUUGGUUCCGCCAGUUCGAGCUCAAGUUGCAGCUCCACCACGUCCCCGACGCAAAGCACCACGCGUACUUGUACUCCCGGUCAGGGGGCGCGUGCCAAGCAUGGUUGGACAACCUCUUGUCGAAAUACGGUGUGGUGGCAACUGACUUGCAUACCAAGAUCAGCUGGGCGGAUCUGAAGGCAGCAUGGCAUAAGCGGUUCCAGAUCGAGCCGCCGAAAAUGAAAGCCAUGGACAAGCUUAUCAAGUUCCACCAAAACACGCUGCCAAGUGGAGAUUGGAUUGCCGAGUUCCAACGCUUGACAUCCGUACCGGGCGUACCAAUGGGCUUUCAAGCUAUGAAACACUACUUCAUCUCGAGGUUGUGUCCGACAUUGUCCAUGACGCUGACUCAAGUUGCAGACACGCUCACUACAACAGUGGAGCUCUUCGACAAGGUCGCGCAGAUCAUCGUCACGAACACGAAGGCCAAGUACCUCUCACCUGCGACAGGCCCGAGCAGGGAACAACAUCGGCCGAAUGUAGCCGUGGUCACGGCGGCAACGUCGACCGACCCCUCAAGCGAGGUUGUGUCUACCUUUAAAGGGGACAGACUCGCAGCCGCCCGGGAUGGUGGCCGUCCUGGCAGAGGCCGAGGACGCGGCAAAUCGAAGACAAACACCACAUUCCCCGAUCCCAGGGCAGCAGCUCAAGAUCCCUCGACCCACUAUGGUCUUUCGGAGAGCGUAUACAGUGAGUUGCGACCAUUACUGGUCCCCUUGCGGCGCCGACGAGAAGCGAUUGCCAUGGACAUUAUCAGGUCGUUCCCCAAGCACAAGACCAGUGUGGAUGGGAUUCUUACGGUGGUCGACCGACUCACCAAGUUCGCCAUGUUUUGGCCUUGCCUCUAUCAUGCCAAAGCACCGGAGUUGGCCGAGGUUCUUUAUGCCGGUUGGAUUCGAACCAAGGGUUACCCCAAGGAAAUCGUCUGCGACCGCGACACUCGGUUCAUGUCCGAUUUUUGGUGGGCGCUCAUCAAACGAUGGGGCUCAUCUCUCAAGCCAAGUUCGGCUCGCCACCCCCAAACCGAUGGCCAAACGAAGAGGGCGCAUCAGACCGCACAGGUUCUCCUUCGCACUCUCAUCCGUCCCGAGCAAAAGGAUUGGGUUGAGCGGCUGUCGGAUGUCGAGUUGGCAUACAACUCGUCCAUCCACCCGGCUAUGGGGAUGUCGCCCUUCGAGUUCGAGCACGGCUCGCCGGUCACUUCUCCGUUGGACACAAUUAUUCCACGAGUGGCCGAGAGCAACACCCAUCUUCUCGUCUUGCGUCGGAUGCAAGAGCUUCUUGUCAAGGCAUGCGAUCAGAUGGCUAAGACGCAGUAACACAUGAGCCAACAGGCCAAUCGCCAGCGUCUUCCUUGUCCAUUCCGCGUCGGCGAUCUCGUUUGGGUUUCCGCUGUGGAGUUCAGCCUCG